ACAGGUAGGACAGGACACACACCUGCAGUGGAGCAGCUGGAACCCACUGUUUUAUUACCGACACUACCGACAUUAUCCAUGUUCGAGAUGAAUGAGACGGACCUGCGCGUGCCGCUGACCGAAUACAGCUUCGAACAGAGGUUCGACGAAAGAGGAGCCAUCCGGUGGAUGCAGGACAACUGGAGUAGGUCCUUCCUGUACGCCGCUGUGUACGCCGCCCUGGUGUUUGGAGGUCAGCACUACAUGAAAGCUCGGCCUAAAAUGAACCUGCGCCUGCCACUCGUCCUCUGGUCACUCAGCCUGGCUGUCUUCAGCGUUGUCGGAGCUCUUCGGACCGGUUCCUACAUGUUCCACAUCCUGAGCAGCAGCGGCUUCAGACGCUCCAUCUGUGAUCAGAGUUUCUACAACGGACCAGUCAGCAAGUUCUGGGCGUACGCCUUCGUCCUGAGCAAAGCGCCGGAGCUUGGUGACACGGCGUUCAUUGUCCUGAGGAAGCAGAAGCUGCUCUUCCUGCACUGGUACCACCACAUCACUGUGCUGCUGUACUCCUGGUAUUCCUACAAAGACAUGGUGGCGGGCGGCGGCUGGUUCAUGACCAUGAACUACUCUGUGCAUGCGCUCAUGUACAGCUACUACGCCGCCCGCGCUGCCGGCUUGUCUGUGCCGCGGCCCUUGGCUGUGCUCAUCACCAGCGCUCAGAUCAGUCAGAUGGCCAUGGGGGUGACGGUGAGCGGCCUGGUGUACCGCUGGAUGCACCACGCAGACUGCCCCUCCCGCCUCGACAACAUCACCUGGGCCGCGCUCAUGUACCUCAGCUACCUGCUGCUCUUCUCCAACUUCUUCUACCAGACGUACCUGCGCCGCCACCCCCACCCAAAGACCACCAAGACUGAGUAAGCACCCGAAGGACAAGGGGACAGUGACUUCAUGUAUUUAAAGGCAUUAAGGCUUACUGCAGGGGCGUCAAACGUACGGCUGGGGGCCCAAACCGGCCCUCCACAGGCUCCUUGUCCAGCCUGUGGGACUAAUAUUUGAAAUGCAAAAAUUACACUGAAGAUAUGAAUAUUGGACUGAUGUAGAUAUUAGAUAAAGGUGUCCAGCUCACUUUAGUUCAGAGCUCACAUUCGGCCCACUUCAGUCUGAAGUGUGUUUGACCAGUGAAAUACUGUCGUAAGAACCUGGAAAUAAUGACAACUCCAGAUUUUCUUUGUUUUAGUGUAAAAAAAAAAAAAAAAAACAUGAAAAUAUUUAUGUUUUCAAACUAUUCUUAAACAAAAAAUGUGAAUAA